UCUGAAUCGAAAAGAGAAACGCCGGCGGGUUUGGCAGCGCCAGAAAGAUUUGAAGAAGCGAGUCAAGUUCCUCCGAAUCGCGAAACUGAGACGCUGAGGUUUGAGAAUUGCGGAAUGUCUAUGAAAGCGUCGUAUUCGUCGGAGAAUCUGAUGCUUCCGGUAUCGGAUCCUCCGAAUGAGGAAGACCGAGAGAGGCUUUUGAACGGCGAUAAUAAGACCUUCGGAGGACGAAGGGUUUAUGCUGCCAUCUCUUACAUGUUAUGUGCAGUUCUCUUGGUGCUGUUCAAUAAAGCCGCUCUUUCGUCUUAUCACUUUCCAUCCGCAAGAGUCAUCACGCUUCUUCAGAUGGUAUGUUCAUGUUGUUUUCUUUAUGUAUUGAGGCGCUGGGGGGUAAUUUCUUUCACAGCAGGCGAAUCAGUAAUUAAGGCAGAUAACUCCAAAAAAUUUGUGCCACUCAAGACUUUGAAGCACACUCUUCCCCUAGCAGGGGCAUAUUUACUUUACAUGCUAGUGACCAUGGAGUCUGUUCGUGGAGUAAAUGUUCCAAUGUACACCACCCUUAGGAGGACUACAGUGGUAUUUACGAUGCUUGUAGAAUAUAUGCUGGUUGGGCAGAGGUACACACCUCCUGUCAUAUCCAGUGUUAGCUUGAUUGUCUUCGGUGCAUUUAUUGCGGGAGCGCGGGAUUUCUCUUUUGAUGCCUAUGGCUAUGCCAUUGUUUUCCUGUCAAACAUCACAACGGCUAUAUAUCUUGCAACCAUAGCUCGUGUUGGCAAAACUAGUGGCCUCAAUAGCUUUGGCCUUAUGUGGUGUAAUGGUGUCAUAUGUGGACCUUUUUUGCUUAUUUGGACAUUAGUUCGGGGUGACUUGAAAAUGACACUCCAUUUUGCAUACCUUCUUUCACCUGGUUUUCUUGUUGUUUUGCUCUUUUCUUGCAUCCUCGCUUUCUUCCUGAAUUACAGUAUUUUUCUUAACACAACUCUCAAUUCAGCUCUGACGCAGACAAUAUGCGGUAACCUAAAGGAUCUGUUUACUAUUGGCUUUGGCUGGAUAAUUUUUGGUGGGCUACCAUUUGAUUUUUGGAAUGUAGUAGGACAAUUUCUCGGUUUUGCCGGCUCUGGUUUAUAUGCUUACUAUAAGCUCAUUGGCAAAUAACUUGCCCAAGUUCUUCGGUUGAUGUCUAUGGAUUUCGGAUUACCAUUUGCUUCCUUCAUCUAAUCUUCACUUCAUCCUUAAGGAAAAGAAUCCGAAUUGACCAUACCAUCUAUCGAACAUGUGAUCAAGCUAAUCUAAUUUAUUAGGAGAUUUUACUGAGUUAGUACAUAAUAUCAUGGCUUUAUUAUGUUCAACCUGCCUCUGAUCUAGCAAUGAGUUCACCCAUGGCCGUUGUAUCUGAUGAAUCCAUUGUACCCCCGUUCCCCGUCUUGGGGAGGGAAAUUUCUUGAGUUUACAUGUAUAAUUUAUUUUUUCAUUUUAUUUUUGGGAGGUUGAAGACGUGAUAAGAGGAGAGAAUAACAGUGUUGAGGUUCGAUUUUUGGAUCAAGAUACUCCUUUUUGGGCUUUUCA